GGUGAAAAUGUCAACAAGGUCAACAAUAUCAACAUAACCUUUUUGUUGUUUAGUAAACGAGUAAACAAUAAUGAAGACUGAUGAAUGCGAUUUUUAAUUCGUAUGCAAUUGAAAGUAAAUAGUGUAGAAAAUAAGAACAAAAAAUGUGCAGUCGCCAGCAAAAGCCCCAUGUGUUUCUCCCACUAUGUGAUAAAUUGAAAAUCAUCGAAGCUGUCAAUGCAGGAAAAACAAUUUCGUCCAUAGCGAAACACUACAAUAUUUCUCGAACAGCAGUUGGUGAUUUAAAAAGAAGAAAGAGAAGUCUGAAAGAUGUAAGCAAUCUGAAUGAAAUAGCGUUGAAAAGGAGAAAGGUAAUUAAAAGAGUUCAUAAUGAGGAGUUAGAAAGAGCAGUAUUAAUGUGGUACAACGAGAAACGUGAAAUGGGUCUACCAUUGAGUGGUCCGAUGAUUUGCGAGAAAGCACUCUUUCUAAAUGACAGGUUAAACGGUUCAGAAAAAUUUAAAGCCACCACUGGCUGGUUGGACGCUUUCAAGAGACGUUACGGUAUUAAAAUAUCGCAGGAAGAAGUAAUAUUCUCAAGUGGAGAUGCUGCAGUCGAAGUGUGUUUAGAAUUUCAACAGUUCAUUAAGGACGAAAAUUACGAUUUGAGUUUGGUUUUUAAUGCAGAUGAGAGUGGGAUGUUUUGGAAGAGUCUGCCGAAUGGAAAAGAAGAGAAUCCACAAGGUUGGAGGGACAGCAAAGAAAGAAUUUCAAUUCUAUUUUGCGCGAAUGCAGAUGGUUCUUUCGCCUUACCACUUUUAAUAGUCGGUAAAUCUUGGAGUUCGCGAUCAAGUUUCAAUACUGCAGAGAAUAUGCUAGAGCUACCUGUUAUGUAUCAAAAUCAAUCUGCAGCAAGCAUGACGUCGGAAAUUUUUCUCGAUUGGUAUACAAAUAUUUUUAUUCCAUCAGUGCUGGAAAUGCAGGAAAAAACGGGAAAUCACGGUAAAGUUUUACUAUUAAUUGACACUGCCAAGUGCCAUCCGUCGGAGGAGAUUCUCAACUCAGUGAAUGAGAAUUUUCAAGUAAAAUUUAUACCAACGAAAGUGACGCUAUUAAUACAGCCAAUGGGUCAAGGUAUUAUUGAGAAGACAAAAAGGAUCUAUCGAAGAGCUUUAGUUGAAUCUUUAGUGAGUUUUGAUGAAAGCAUAACUGUCGAUGAGUUUUUAGAGUCCCACACAAUGGAAGACUGUUGUUUUAUACUUGCCAGUGCAUUUGAAUCCGUAAGCGUUUUUCACUUGAGAAAUGCCUGGAAUAAACUCUAUGGUACAUCACAGUUCGAUGAGAAGAUUGUCGAUCACGAUGACGAGACGAUGGAGGGAUUGUACAAAGGCUUCUGUCAAAUGCUGAACAACAUAAAAGGUUUCGAAAAUGUUUAUCCAGUGAGCAUCAAAAGGUGGCUAAAUGCAGAUUUGUACGAUACAGGAUGGGAGCCGCUACUUGACGACGAAAUAAUUGAAUUUGUCACCAAAAAAGGAGAUGAAACUGUUAGCAAUGAAACGUUAAUUGACAAUUUAUUUAACCAAUCGUUCGAGCAGUCUGAAGAUGAAUCAAAAGAAUUUAAUAAAUUUGUAGAGCAGCUUAAAAAAGAAAAUGAAAAUUGCCAAAUAGAAGAAUUCGAACAAUCAUCAGUUGUACCUAAGAAUGAAAAUUGUUAUUCCAAAGAAAUCUUCCAAUCGGAGUCACCUGUAACUAAAAUUGAUAAUCUUCAAUCGAAAAGUCCUUCACAAUCCAGAAAAAUAGAAGGCGCCAUUCAGUUUUUACAUGAUUGGUGCAAACAAAGAAAGGAGUACACACUAUCAGAUUGCCUGCUUUUGCGUAAAUGGCAAACACUUGCCAGUAAAGAAUCAAAGAAGAAAAAUUAAUUUAUAUUCUUCUAUAAAUUUGUUAUUAUAACAUAAAUUUUAAUUUUAAUGAGACAUCUUGAGACUGAUUUAAUUUUAAAUCUUUAUAGAUGUACCGUGCCGUGCGUAGUGUUGCAUUCGAGAAUCUUUCAUUUCAUAAAUUAAAAAGAGCAACCUACAUGUAUUUUUCAGGAAUUUCUGGUUUUCUUCUAUUCUAAAUUAUUUCUCGUUUAAAUGCAUCACUAAUCAUGUGAUUUUUAAUGUUGUAUAAAAAUUAUAUUUAGUGUUAUAAAACUGUACAAGAGCAGAAUUAAUAAUAUAUUUGCAUUAAAUUAACGAUUA